AUGUCUCUUUUUAUCAUUUCCUGCACGAUCACAUUUGCAUACUUUGGCUUCUACCAAAUGCGUUUGCCCCGCACCAGUUUCUUUCUUUUUGUUUUUUUUCGUUAUUUUGUUGGCGCUGUUGAUCUUAUUUUUGUGUGUUUGUGCUUCUCCCCCUCUCCUCUCUCUUUCCCUCUUUUGAAUGAUGCGAUGUGUUUUGUGUCUUUGCUUCAACCCAUAACAUUGCUUUCAUUCAACAUCCUUGUUCCUAUAUACGGACAUGGCACCUUUGUGCCCCUUCUUUUCCAUUCUCUUUCCAAAAAAAGACAAAACAAUAAAAAUGUGCAACUCCCUGUUCCUGUGUUGGUUGAAUUGUGGGACAGUUCUUGCUAUUCAUUCAAAAUAUUACGUUUCUUUAAACUGAGGGGAGCGACGUUGCCGUCAUUUGCAUCAGUCCCUUACCCUCCUCCUCUCUUCCAUGUUGUUAGACUUUCAUGGAGUAAUGAAGCUCAAAUAUUCUUAUUACGCAUGUGUCUCCGGUACGUUUCAUAUGUUUUUCGUUUCUCUCCGUCUUUUUCUUUUCUUUUUUCUCCCUUUUCUUUUUCCCCAUGCGGGUGUGACAUGGCUUUGUCGCGUUGA